AUUUGCUUCCCUUGCGCUUCCCUUUACUAUCUUUGCAAACCUCACUCGCAACGAAUCGGUCAGAAUGUCUCGCAGAUAUGAUUCGAGGACAACUAUCUUCUCCCCUGAAGGCCGCUUAUACCAGGUCGAAUACGCUCUCGAAGCUAUCUCGCAUGCGGGCACAGCAUUAGGCAUAUUGGCGCAAGAUGGGAUAGUCCUUGCUGCGGAGCGGAAAGUGACCAGCAAACUGCUGGAGCAAGACACUUCGGCAGAGAAGCUGUAUAUCUUGAACGAUAACAUGAUUUGUGCCGUGGCCGGAAUGACUGCUGACGCCAACAUCCUCAUCAACUUCGCUCGACAAGCCGCUCAGCGAUACCUUCUGUCCUAUAACGAAGACAUCCCCUGCGAACAACUGGUGCGUCGCUUGUGCGACUUGAAGCAAGGAUACACACAACAUGGCGGUCUGCGACCUUUCGGUGUUUCCUUUAUCUAUGCUGGCUGGGACCCUCAACGGCAGUUUCAACUCUACCAAAGCAACCCUUCAGGCAACUAUGGUGGAUGGAAGGCUACGAGUGUAGGAGCAAACAAUGCCAGUGCACAGAGCCUCUUGAAGCAGGAUUAUAAGGAGGAUUGUGAUUUGAAGGAGGCAUGUGGUAUGGCGGUGAAGGUGUUGAGCAAGACGAUGGACUCGACGAAAUUAAGCAGUGAGAAAAUCGAAUUUGCGACUGUUGGGAAGACCAAAGAUGGCAAGAUAUAUCACCAUCUUUGGUCCGGUGACGAAAUCAUGACCCUCCUGAAAGAACACGGUCUGGCCAAGGAAGAGGAACCCGAGACCGGCUAGGUGCUGGCUGGUGCUACGUUCACAGCCAGCAUUAGACGGCGGUGAGCGCAAAAAUACAUCGUGAAAAGAUGCAAGGUCCUCGACUUGUCUUUUUUUGGUGGGAACCACACUGGUGCUACCGGAGUUUGUACGUUUCUACAUGUUACAGAGAAAAGGCAGGAAAUUGAAGGCAGCAUCGCAUAGCACCAGGCGUUCAUGGCGAACGGCUUGCAAUCCGCUAUGACAAGAAUCACUGUUUCCGAAUUCCAAUGAUCAUGGGUAGCAGCUGCCUAUCUUCAAGUUCAGCCAUGAGCGUCAACUGGAAACCGUUGCAAUACUCGAUCUACUAUCUCGUCUGCACGACCUGGAGAUCUUUCAAAGAGUCUCUGUGUUCGAUCCACGUUGCCCCUCUUGGUGCAGCUGAGCAAUUCCCCAGCGGGUCAUCCCAUUUGAGAACUAAGAAACAUUCAUUACCC